ACAGAUGAGAAGGUAGAUCAGCAGAAGCAGCCCAGUGCUUGUUUCAUUCAGUGGUGAAAAGCACUGUGUAUUAAAAACUGUUACAUGUUAGAGAACACACUAGAAUACAUGUAGGUGGAUUUUUGAAUACGUGUUGAAGAUGGAAAAAGAUAAUACAGAGCAGGCGUUGAUAAAUCUGGAGUCUUCUUUAAAGAAAUUCCAUGAAAAUGCUUCAGAGGAUUCAACUGCUGAAUCUAAAGGCAGCGAAUCUGGAGAAAAUAAAGAAAUGACUGAAAAAUGUGCUGAUCAAAAGAACGAUAAAGGUUAUGUCAGUGACUUCUUUGAGGAUAGAAAUCCAGAUGUGAAAACAGCAAGUGGAAGCAGUGCAAAAGAAUCUUCAGAUCUGGAAAAGAAUCCAAAACAGGCAUUCGAUCAGUUUAAAGUGAAGCCUGCAGUAACGCCAGAAAUUGAACAAAUUGCAUCUUCUUCAUCUAAACCUAGAAGACCUUCAGCAGAAGAAAUUGCAAAAAAUUGGCAAGACCUUGGAGUUCAAAGAUGCCCAAACUGCAAGUUUACCACAGAUAACAUGGAGUUGUUCAAAAAUCAUUGUACCACAUGUGUAUGCCCAUCUGAUAGAUCAACAGGACGGAUUACGAUAACAUACAAAGAUGGUGAAUUUAAAUGCAUUCAGUGUGAAGAUGUGUGGACAAUUAAAGCAGAGUUUGAAGAACAUAUUGUUUGUCACCUGCAGGAGUCACCGUAUGUCUGUUUAACAUGUCAGAACAAAAAGUUUCCUAGUCGUCAACAGAUUGAAAUUCAUACAAAAAACGAGCAUCCAAGUGGAGAUGCUAGAUGUGGGCUUAAGGGAAUGAAAACUGGACGCAAAUACACUGAAGAAUUAAUGCGCCAAGGAACGAUAACAAUUCAGGGAAAAUUAUCGAUCCCAAAGACACCACGAAAUCAUGUCAGUAGAAUAAUUCCAAAGGAAACAGUAACUAGCCAAACUCAGCUCUAUGGAUCAAAAAUUGUAGAUGUUAAUUCAUCAGCAACAAGUGGUGAAGUUGUUAGUAAACCGAUUGGUCAGUUGAAUCCUGCUACACCAUCUGUUGUAACUGCUCUGCAGCCAAAAGUUAUACCUGUGAAUUCAGCAUCAAUAUCUCAAGUGAAAGGUAGCACAAUACAUCACAGGCCAAUAGUGUUGAAUAUGAUCAACUCAAGGCAGGUUACGUCAGGUGCAUCAAAUAUGAUAGCCAGUGCAGCUAACACAACCCCAAUGGUUACACCCCCAACAACAGUUGUGACUUCAUCAGUAGAUCUACAGCUUUCAUCAGCUUCACAGGCUGUCAUUACUAGUCAAAGUAUAUUUUCUACAGUUCUGGAUAGCGACACUGAAUCAAUUUCAAGUAGACCUAUGCCUCCAGCUCGGACAAGUUUAAAUCUUAUUCCAAAUGUUUCACCUUCACAUUUGUAUACUUCAAAAAGUGGAACACUUGUGCGUGUUUCACCAGGAGAAGUAGCUAAAUCAAAGCAUUUGGAUACCUUGUUUGGAGAAUUAAAUAGAACUACUAAUGUAAUGCAACCUACAGUUGUAUCUCAAAAAAUUAAAGAUAUUGCUAAUCCAUCUGCUGCCGAUCCAAAAGAGGUAUUGUCAAAGCCAAUACAAUACCAUUUGAAAACAAUAACAGAAUACACUUGCACGCAGCCGACAAAAACGGUUUCUUCAGCAGUAUCCUCUAUGCCGUUGUUACUUGUACCUGUUGGUCAGCCUAUCGUGCAUCCACAAGGGCAAAUCAUAUCAAGUACAGGAAUUUUGUAUCAGUCGCCAAGUAAUGCAGGUGUUUUUGUUCCUAUUCAGCCAAAGUCUGGUAACAGCAUAUUAACAGGUUCCAACAUAAGAGUGCAACAGGCUCCAGUUGUCACCUCCAUUCCUCAGAAUUUACAUGUUGUUAACCAUGUACCUCAAAAUACAGUUGUGUUAACACCUGGUGCAGCACAAAGUGUCAGAAGUCAGAAUAAUAACAGUGGGGCAAGUAAUAUCCAGUACAUCACUCAAGCUGAUAUUGGUUCCAUAAAAUCUGUUGCUUCUACCUCGAGAGUAAUGCCACCCUUACAACCAGCACCUGGUGCACAGAUGAAUCCACCACCAUCUUACAGAGAAGCCAUUGAAGAGAAACAUGUGACAGAUAGAUCAAAAAUUCCUCCGCCUCUAACAAUCCCAGCAGCAGCUUCGGAGGACCAUAAAAUUCCAAAGAAGUUCCUUUUCAAAAUUAAACCGGGACAAGGGUUUGUGUGUGAAGCUUGUAAGAAGUUCACCAGAGAUGAGUUUGUGUUCAGGAGACAUGUCUGGGAUCAUUUUCAUGGGGAUCCUUUAGCUUGUAAAACAUGUUCACCAGAUUUCAUAGCACGAAAAAUUAUUCUAGAGUGUAAACUUGUCAAUAAUAUCGUAUGUAACCUUAUAAAGCGGUCUACCCAAGAGGUUCAAGAAAUAGCUGCUAAGCCACUGAAAGUUUUGAAAGUUGGUGAAAAUGAAAUUAUAGACAUAACAGAUGAUGAAGAGGAUAAAAAUGAAAGUAAGCAGCAUAGAGGACAGGAUCAUGUUACUGAAGUUAUUGUGGUAGAUGAUGAAGACGAGAAUGGAGAUGGGCAAGGAUUGCAAAUUCGUAUAAGUAACACAUUUAGUUUGUCGAGCAUGCAGAAUUUAGAACAAAUGCCUAAAAAAGACACACAGCAGAACGAUGAAGUGAAAACUCCAGGUGUACAAAGAGAAAAUGACAAGCAAGAUAUACAAAAUAAAUUACCACAAAGCAGCUUAAAUUUACCACUUGUUGUUUCGGGAGAACAAAAAGGUUUUACCAGUUCUCCUUCAGUAGGAGAAUCUCAGCAUACUGCCUCAGAAACAUCAAGUUCUCAUCCUCUGAGUGGUCAGAUUCAUCUGAAAAAACAUUUUGGUUUGACUGAAAUUGAAAGCUCUGGUAAUAAAUCAGUUGUUGAAAAACAGUCUUCAGCCGAAUCUGCACAAAACGGCAGUAAAGCACAACUUGAUACCAGAGGAGAACAAAAAGGUUUGUCCAGUUCCUCCUCAGUACAAAAUUCUGAACAUACUGCCUCAGAGACAACUAGUACUCAUCAGCUUAGUGGUCAAAUUCAUCUAAAAAAGCAUUUUGGUUUGAAUGAAAAUGAAUCAGUUGGUGUAAAACAGUCAUCAACUGGUGGUGAAGGGGAAGAUGAUGAAGAUGGUAAAAUAAAGGGAACAGAUUUACUUGACAAGUCCUUAUCUGAACCAGGUAACGAUUCAGAAGAAGUAGUUUCCCAGGUUCUAGAAACAAACUUGAAAGACUAUGAUCCUACUAAAAACACUCCUGAAGAAGAUCUUGAUGAAGAACCUAAUUUUGAAGGAGAAAAAGGUCAGCCAAAUCCGUUAGAACUGAAUGGUUUGGCAAAAACUACAAAAAGUCAUGAAAAUGAUGGCCCAAGCAACACCACAGAUAGUAAUAUAGAUCAUGUAAAUGUCAGAGGUAAAACUGCAUUCGAGUCGGAGAUCCUUUCAAAGCAGAGCAACAAUGCAUUUUAUGUUUGUGGAUACGAAAACUGUUUAUUUACUGGAAUGACUUCCACUAAGUAUCGGGAACACAUUCAGUCAAAGCAGCAUGCAAAUGAGUAUAAUUAUGUAUGUGGCCAUUGUGGACAAAAGGAUUAUACAGAAGACACUCAUGUUCGACAUAUAUUUUCUCAUGCAAAUUCUAAGACAUUCCUCCUGUACAAGUGUCCAAUACGACUGUGUAAAUAUAAAACUAAUUUACUUCACAUGUAUGCGGACCAUUUACGUGCUCAUCCAAAUGAAGAACUUACUGUUAAAUGCACCUAUUGCCAUAAAACAUUUCCUACAGUUGACAGUCUUGAGCAGCAUUUGAAGCAGAAUCUUCUGAAGUUUAUUAUCUGCCCAUAUUGUACUUUCAAAUUUGUCAACAAAUAUGUUGUUACCACACACAUUAGACUUUUUCAUCCAGAUAAAUUAAGAAUGGUUUCUGUGACCAGUCAGGUUGUUUGCAAUGAGAGGGAGAUUAAUUUCUAUGUGGCUCCUAAAUCAAAGGCUCUUCCUCAUUCUGAUUUAUCAGAAAAAGAUAUCCAAGACACUGAUAACAUAGAUAUUCCAGCUUUACUUGAUGAUUUCCAGAAAGAAAGUGCAGCUAAAGAUAAGCCUGUACAGGAACAGACUGUAGUAGGAAAGGGAUCUGAAAAUGGUGACACUGAUGACGUUCUUAGUUUACCCGAAGAAGACCAAGGGGACUUUAAAGAAAGAAAAAAUCUGCUGAAGGAGCAAAAGGACAACCAAAAGGAAAAUUCUAGCCGAAAGCCUGUUAAAGCCAAGGGAAAAUCGGAUACAAAUACUAAAGGUGGUCCAAAGUCACUUGAAUGUCCACAGUGUUCAUACUUGAGUUACAAUCAGUCUUUGUAUGCGAAGCACCUGUCCCUUCAUGAUACAGAGCCAGAGCGAGAGAAGCGAUUUGUGUGUAAUCUUUGCCCUAAAGGUGCAGAAAGUCUACCUCAUUUCAAAACACAUGUUAGAAACCAUGUUGGGAAGCACACAAUUAAGGUCUAUUGCUGCACAACAUGUGCAUAUUGUUCAAACCAGAAAUGUCAUAUUAUGGACCAUGUUCAAGAUGCUCAUGCGGAAGAAACCAUGUACACGUUAAAAGAAGAAUUAGUGGAGAGUAAUCAUUCUGAAUGUAGCUAUUGUGCGUUCAAAGCUCGAACCUCAGAGCAAGUUUCUGCACAUGAGACUAUUGUUCAUCGUGUUGACCCUGCUGUUAAAUCAAACAAUGAUUCAGACAAUAUGGCAGAAGAGAAAGGAGAUGGAAAAACAGAAAAUGUUAAAUCACUGAAGUCUGCUUUUUCAGAAAAUGAGUCAGGAACAGUUAGCGGUGAAAGUGAAACUGUUACAAGAAAAAAGAAAUACAAAUACCAUUGUGAAUACUGUAGUGAAUUUUUUAAGCACAAAUCUAACUUGAAAGAACAUAUGAUAAAUGAACACAGAGAUAUUGAUAACAAACAAUUUAUAUUUUUCAAGUGUAAAUACUGUAUAUAUACUUCAACAAUGAAAGAUAUGAUUAUUGGUCAUUUAGAAAAAGACCAUUCUGGGUUAGAUUUGCGGAUCUUGAGGAAAAUAGAAGUAGUAGAGAAUGAUCAUCCAGAAAGAAACAAGAAGAUGGCAGGAAGUGAGGUUAAAUCCUCAGUAGAAAACCAGGAUGAUGAUGAAAGUAAUGAUAAGAAAGAGUCAAGUGAUACAGACAAGAUUGAGAUAGUUAUACCAGAUGGUAAUAUUUUCAAACAAGUGUUUACCUGUCCAUCGUGUUCAUUUUCUACAAACAUGCGGAUUAAAGCUAUGAAACAUCUGAAAGAACACCCAGAGCUUAAACCCAUCAGACCGGAUCAAAAGAAGACCCCAUCUAAACCAACAGCAAGAAAAUCUAGUGGAUCACUUUUUCCAAAAGUUGAUUUGUCAAAGAAGAAAAGCUCCUUAAUACAACAAUUACCGGAGUCUGCGACACCGUUGCAAAACCCUUUUACUGCAGUAAAAGAGUCUAUGUUUACCAAAGAUUCAACGUCUACUGACAAAAUGUUGAAUAGCCCUUCUAAGGACCCAUAUAUUCUUGGAGAACAGAAGUUGCAUGCAGCUUUGUCAGCAUGCUUUAUACCUUUUGAAAAAGACAUGAAAUUUCAGUGUCGUAUUUGUAAGCAGAAAAUUUUUAAAAAGUUCGUUUUGCAUCGCCAUAUUUUAGAUCAUUUAAAGAUAGUGUUCUUCAAGUGCAAGUAUUGUGAUGAAGGAAGUAUAGAGAGGACUCUUAUGGUUGGUCAUAUACAGAAAGAGCAUGCAUCUAAAACUGUUCAGUAUGACUUUGUUGAAAAGUCUGUUUUGGAACAACAGUUCAAAGAAAGGAUAUUUAGUCAGAAUUUUAAUGAUACCCUUGAUAUAUCUACAACUUCUGGAAAUCAAGGAGACACUGCUGAUGAGGUCAAGAACAUUGGUAUUGUUAAGAAAGCAGUUCAUGAAUAUCAAACAAUUGAUGAUGAUUCCAGUGAGGAGAAUGAUGGUUUAGAAGAACCUGUUAAGGAGUCUGAAGAAGCAGAUAAAAGCAAUAGCCUUAAAUGUCCAAAGUGUAGAUAUGUUGCAAGGUUUAAACAUUACUUGAAUUUACAUAUGGAGAGUCAUAAUGAUCCUAUGAAGGUAUUUACAUGUUCAGUAUGUGAUUAUAGAGGAGAUAAAUUUUCUGUCAUAAAACAUGUGUACAGUGUUUUUCACCUGACACAGGCAAAAGUGUUAGAAAAUGGAAAGCCACUGUACGAGAAUCUUAAUAGUCAAAAGGACAAAGAAACUGUUAAAAGUGAUAAAAGCAAAAAUGAAAGCAAGACAGUUGUUGCUGAAGAUUCCAAACAGGGAGAAGACAGUAAGACUUGCAUAGACAGCAAGUAUGUUACCAACAGCCAAGGAAAGCAGAUUAAAGUUGAUUCUAUCACAGUGUCACAGUCGGGCGUGUUUGAAAUGAAGACCUUGUACAAGUGCAAAGAAUGCGGCCACAAACGCGAGAGUAAGAGUGCUAUGUACCUUCAUUUUAAAACAUCAAAAUGUAACAAACCUGUUGUUAAAUGCUCUCUAUGCUCUUUUCAGAACACUGUUAAAGCAGCUAUUCACAGGCAUGCUGAAAAACGGCACCCUGGCAAAAAAAUUUCUAUUCUAGAUCUUCCUUUGUCAGCUAAAAUGAAGAUUGUGAAAUUUCCUGUCAGACAAGAUAAAAGUAUCAUCAAAGAUCUAAAGAGAAGGGACACAGAAGAUGCAGAUAGUUUUGACUCUAGUCUUCCGGAAUCCCCAGCAGACGUAGUGUCAAAUAUAUCAGAAGGAGAGUCACCAGAGGAAGGACAAAUUCGCUGUCAGUUGUGUACAAAUUACUUGUGCGAGUCUACUAUGAAGUUGCAGUUUCAUGUUAAUACAGCUCAUCAAGGUGCAACACUGUAUUGUAAGGAAUGUUCCUAUAAAUCACCAUUAGUUAAACACAUGAUUAAUCAUUGUAAAAAUUUACACUACCAGAAAGUGGCUCUGUAUGGAGAUCAACCAAGAAGUGUGAAAAAGACAGAAACCAAGAUGAAUGUUAAACAAGAAAAAGUACUAAAAACAACCAGUAGUGCUGAAGAGAAAAUAGUUUUUAAGUGCCCAAAAUGUGACUUGGAAUUAUCUACACUUAAGGUUGUGCAAAUGCAUCUUUAUGUACAUUUUAACUAUAAACCAUACUGUUGCAGAUACUGUGGAAAGUGCUCAGGAAGGUUGGACCACAUCAAAAAACAUAUUGAAAGUCAACAUGAAGGAAAGGCCAUUAAAUAUGAUACGAAAAUAGAUGAAGCAAUUGAAUCAAAAGUAAGGAAGAUACACGACAGUGUAAAAAGAAAUGUAGCAAGACAGAGGAUUAUGCUUGGAAAAAGUAGACCGUCAAAAUUAGACAAGAUGGAGCUUGUUGAAGAAGGUAUCCGCAAGAAAGAAAAGGUGUUUUAUUGUGACUUUUGUCAUUACCAUUCUGACAGAAAAGCAACCGUUAGGAAUCAUGUUUCAAAUGUACAUUCUGGCAUCAGCAAGAAGCGCCCUUUAGAAGUUGAUAGUGAUACUGAUUCUCCUGUUAGAAAGGCUUUCAAAAAGCAAGAUGACAACAGUGAAAUUGCAAGUAGUACAUCUUCAGUAAUUGAUGAAGACGAAGGUGAAACCGAGCAAAACGGUGACGAGUCACCACCUUUGAAAUAUAAAGUAGUAAAGACUCCAAAUGGAACAAAACAAUUUGGAUGUACUGGUUGUCACUAUAUGAAUGAAAAGAUUAAAAACUUGAAGCUACAUGUGUCAAGGCACCAUGGUACCUUACUUGGGAAGAAGGAAUAUGCAUUCAAGUGCUACUUUUGCUCUUACAGUACAGCACAUGGCAGUUCUGAUAUAUUCAAACACUUCAAAACUCACCAUUCUUCGAUGAAGACUGUCAAAUACAUUAAUAAGUAUGGAAAAGUUUUAACUCGUGAUGUAUCCGAUAAUAAAUCUGAUAGUUCAUCCCCAGGAAAGUCAUCAGCUUUGUCCAGUCCAGCACGGUCAGGCACAGAGUCUGUGCAAAAUGACUAUUCACCAAUUAAGCCAGUGCAGCAGAAGAGAACUGGCACGACAAACUACAAUUGUAAAUACUGCAGUUAUUCUGGGACAGGAUUUUUCAAUUUCCGGCUUCAUUUAAUAGCACAUGAAGAAUUUACACAGUUAACUACUGAGUUGGAUGACGAGUCAAAAAUGUCUUGUGGGUUUUGUAGUUACCUUGGGAAAAAUACCUUCGAGUUAAGUGUACAUAUUGCUUCACACAUGGGAGACAUGCGUUAUAAGUGUGCCUAUUGCGAUUACACACAGUUUACAAGCUUCAAGGUUUCACAGCAUAUGAGGUAUUGUCAUGCUGAUAGGAACGAAAUUGUUGUUGAUAGAGAAUUGAGAAAAGCAACCAGUGGAAUGAUCAAGCUUGUAAAUUUUAACCCAACAGUGAAUGUUAAGAAGAUGAAACGAUGGUCAAAAAAGAGAAAAUUCAAAAGAAUCAUGAUAGAAACAGAUGAGAGUUCAAACAACACAUCUUCAGAAAAUGAGGAUGGUAAGUUAUCAGAUGUUGAAACAAGUACAAAGGCAACAAAUUCUUCAGAAGAGUCCAUGAAUAAAUCUGAAAAUAUUAGUGCUAAACAGUUUGAUAGAACUGAUGGAUCUUUGAAUGAAGAUAAAGAGGAGAAUACCCACAAAAAAGAAAGUGAAAAAGACGAAUGCCCACUGACAGUGACUGCUCUUACAAAACCACAAACAAUACCAGAAGAGCAACCAGUAGUUGCAUGCCGUUUGGCAAACAGCGAAUAUGAGGAAAAUUCCGAAAUUACAGUUAAUAAUAGUGUUUCUGAAGAUGCUGGUUCAAAUGAGACACAGAUUUUCAGAAUAGAAACACAACCUUUUUCACCAAGUGAUGUUAAGUUUGCAGAAUGUGAUGAUUUGAAUGAUGAUGAAUGUGAUGACUUUCAAAUUGAUGAAAAAGAACAAGAAGUCUCAAUUAAAGUUUCUUCAGGUGUUGAGUUUUCUUUAGGUACAAGUGGAAACAUUGAAGUAAAGUGCAGUGAAACAGAGAAGUCUGCAGAGCAACCAUAUAUGAUGAACUGUCAGAAAGAUAAACAAAAUGAUGAAAUUGAUGAACACAACAAGACGAACAUGGAAGAGAGUGCAGAUACUGAAUCUGAGGAGAACUUAAAAGGAAGUGUAGAUACUGAAUCUAAGGAGACUUCAAAGGGUAGUGAAAAUACGGAAUCUGAGGAGAACUCAGAUGGGAGUGAAAAUACUGAAUCUAAGGAGAACUUAAAUGGGAGUGAAAAUACUGAAUCUAAAGAAACCUCAAAGGGGAGUGAAAAUACUGAAUCUAAGAAGAACUUAAAGGGGAGAGAAAAUACUGAGUCUAAGGGGACCUUAAAAGAAAGAGAAGAUACGGAAUCUGACGAGAACUUAAAGGGGAGUGAAAUUAUUGAAUCUAAGGAGAACUUUAAAGUCGAAGAAAAUACUGAAUCUAAGGAGAACUUCAAGGGGAAUGAAAGUACUGAAUCAAAGGAGAAUUUAAAGGAAAUCGAAAGUAUUAAAUCUAAGGAGAAUGUAAAUGAGAGUAAAAAUGCUGAAUCCAAAGGAAGUAAAAAUACUGAAUCUAAGGGGAACUUAAAGGGGAUUGGAAAUAUUGAACCUAAGGAGAAGUUAAAGGGGAGUGAAAAUACUGAAACUUAUUCCGAAACAACAGAAAAAGAAUCAGAGACUGAAUCUAAAUUUGAUACAGAAAUGGAAGUAGAAAACGAUUGUCUCUCUAUAACUGAAGAUAACGCAACUGUUGAACUAGGAUCAACAAAUGGCGCAAAAAGUAAGUCUGAGCAAAAUGAAAAAGAAUCCCCAAACGUCAAAGAUAUAGAUAGCAUUAUCGAUAAUAAGGAGUCGGACAAAGACUGUAGUUCUCGCAAUAUUGAUAUAAUCAUUUGUGCGAAUGAGGAUAUGCACAACCUUCAACGUAGUGAAUUGAAAGAUGAUGCUGAUAAUGCUUGUACCAGUACAAAUACAAAUGUCAUUGCAAAUGAUGGAUUUAAAGAAACUCAGAAUGAGGGAAUUUUAUCACCAAGAAAUCUAUUUCAAUCAAUUUCUGACCCGAAAAAUGCUGUAUGUGAAAAAUCAGAACCAGAGAAUUGUGAUGUCACGAAAGAACCAAUUUUAGCUGAAAGUAAAAGGGAAGAGUUGGAGAGCACUUGUAAUGAAUUAGCAAAUGAAAAUGUUUUUGAGAAAUUUUCAUCUGAAAUUCAGCUCGGAGAAUCGUCUUAUAUGUGCAAGAAAGGAGAACUUGACAACAGUAGUGUGGAGGAACGUCGGGACAACAUAUUUGAAAAAUUUACAAAUGAUUGUGUAACAAAUUCUGGAGAUCAUGGAGCUGAAACAGGAUCAGAUGUUUCUCCUGUGGAAAAUUCAGAGAAGAAUAUAUUUGACACAUUUGGGAACAUAAACUAUGAAAAAUCUGAAAGAAGUUCUGCACAAGAAUGUGGUAAUUUAAAUGCAGAUAAAAAUGAUUUGACUGACGUUGAUAAUCAGUCUUCUCAGAAUUCAGAUGAAAAGCACGAAUUAGCAAAAGAGUCAAAUUCAUGCGAAGAAAUGGAUACGGAUAUUGAUAGCAACAUAUUUAGUAAACUUUCGGAGCAAUUAGAGGUAGCUGGACCUAAAUUUACAGACCAAACUGACAAUCAAAAUGUGACCGAUAUUAAUGAUAGUAACAUAUUUACAAAAUUCUCUACCACCAAAAAUGGAAAGGAAGAGAAUAUAAAUGAAUACGAUGAUGACUUAUCAGAUAAAGACAAUGAUAAAAAUUUGUUCGAAAAAUUUGACAGUGAAAACCUUAGAUCGGUGCCAUCUGAAUGUGACGAUAAACAGUUAAUUACCCCACAGACUGACCUUAAUGAUAGAAAGCAUCCAGAUAAGAAAACAUUAGAGUGCUCAAAUGUAGAAACUGAGAAGUGUGUUGAUGAUAUGGAGAUUGAUGAACUGAUUAAUUCAAUCGAGCAAACUGUAAAUGAGAGAAUGACAGAAGAGUCUGAUAGGCAGAAUGACCAAUGUGAAAUGGAAACAGAUUAGAAAAUUUAAACUCUUAUAAGAAUUAUCUAGAAUCUUAAUGUAAAUUUUGUGCCCCAUUUUUAGUUGCUCUUGUCCAUCCGUGUGUCCAUUCGUCCAUCCGAAUUUUUGUCGCGCAUAUUUCAAAAAGUGUUUGACCCAGAGUUAUCAAACCUCACAAGAUUGGUAUUCAGCAUGUUAAGUUGAGCAUCAGAUGUUUUAAUUUGGAUCUCACACAGCCAGACCGGAGUUAUGACCAUUGACUCAGUAAAAAAACAUGCAUGAAAAGGGCUUAAAGUUUCACCGCAUGCCUCUUAAAAAGUAUUUGACCUAGGAUUAGGGAACGUUACAAGAAUUAUUAAGCAUGUGAAGUUGUGCACCUGGGGUUUUGUUAGCGGUUUCAUUCAGCCAGAUUAGACUUAUGGCCGAGGACUUGGUCAAAAAUAUUAAUAAGAAUGGCAUAAGAUUUCUUAAAACUUUUGUCCUAGGGUCAUGGACACCAAAAGAAUAUUAUUCAGCAUAUGCAGUUGUGAACGUUGGGGUUCUGUUUUGAAUUUCCGUCGGUCAGACCAAAGUUAUGGCCCUUGAUUCAUUAAAAAUAUGUAGAAAGAGUGUACAAAUUUGUGUCACAUGUAUCUCAAAAAGCAGUUUACAUAGAGUCAUAAAGUAUUAGAGGCUUGUUAUGUAGCAUGUUAAGUCGUGCACCUGGUGUUCUGAUUGGGAUUUCACUCAGCUAGUGCAUGAUCGUAAGAGGCGACUAAUAGGGUCUUAACACUUGGUUUUGCAGUAACUCUGUGAUUCCAGCAGGUAUGCAAAUUUUGAUUCCAUACCUCAUGUUUUUAUUUCGAUGUAAAUGAGAUGUGGAACCAAAAUUUGUAGUCCUGUUUGGCGCCAUAUAACCUAUAUUGUGUUGGUGCGCCGUAAAACUGAAAUAAAUAAAUAAAUUCACUCAGCUAGACAGCUAGAGUUAUGGGCAUUGACUUAGUUAAAAUACAUUUAAAGUGCUUAAAAGUUUUUGCUGCAUAUAUCUCAAAAAUCAUUUCACCUAGAAUUUUGAAACCAUGUACAGUGACAGGAAGCAGGGGUACCUGUGUCCUAUCAAGACACAUCUAGUUUUAAUGUUAAGAGUUAAGUUGUAAACACAUAACUUGAAUAAGUUAUUUUUAGUGAACUGCUUGCUUUUAGAACAUUCAUGUUUUUCAUAAUGCACACACAUGAAGUUUGUUUUGAUAACAUGUUAAUAAAAUGAAGGAGUUGUUGAAUAAGUAUAUUCGAAGAUGCAACUUUUGUCUGUUUGCACCUGAUUCCAUAAAUUGUAUAAAGAAUAAUUUAGGUUAUAAAAACUCUUUAAGCAAUACUUAAGCAAUUUGCUGAAAGUUUGUUAUCAUGUAAAGAUAUAACUUCUUUGUUUUGCUUCUUGCUAUGAACAGACAUACAUAAGUAAUUAUUAUUGUUUUCUUUAUUUUUAUUUAUAACAAUGUAACACAACAUGCAUAUUUCAGGGAAGUAAAUUAGAUAACCAAAUUUAUUCAUGAAAGGAUGUGCCAUGUUGUCAAAGAAGUGUGCAAAUAAGUGCUUAAUGAAAGUGUUAUUUCCAUUAGACAUUUUGUUAAAGACUAUAUAUGUAAAUAUUUAGAAUGUUAAUGGAGAAAUAUGAGUAAUUUUAAUGUUGUUGCUGUAUAUAGAAAAAAAGCAUGUAUUAUUUGCAGAUCUGUAUGUAAUCAUUUUGGUACAUUGAAAUUGUUUUGAUAUUAGUUGAGACAGGUAUGCCACGAAACAUAUCAAUUAACAUGCUUAUUAGUUUUGUCUGUCAGAACAGUAAAAUUCUAAUUGUAAAUAUGCUAGUAAAAUUUGAAGGUGUAAUUUUCAAUUGCAUUUUUCAUUUCAGUCAGAUAUUACAUCCAACUCAGUCGCGUCCGAAAAUCAGCGUAAUGCUAUAUUAUUAACAAUCGAAUAUAAAUUGUAAGCUUCAGAUUAUAAGAAAUGGAAAACCCUUUAAAUUUGCUGUAGAUAAUACAUGUAUCUUGCAGAUAGAUAGGAACUUGUACAUGUUCUGCCAAAAAAACUGUAAAAUAGCUGUUUGAAUAUAUGCAUACACAUAUGACAUUCACUGCAUUGUACAGAAUCAGAUGAGCUCAGUUUGUUCAGGUUUACUAAGGGCACAUGUCCAGUCUCGAAAUAGAAUCCCAUGUCCGCAUAAAAGCGUCUUCUGGUUAGCUACAAAAAAAAUUAAUCCUGUAGAGAGCACGACUUGCCAACUAGCGGUCAGCACUCAUUCUUUGACUUCAUUUUAAGGUAACCAUUUCACCUGUCACAGUUCAUUGGAUAUGUAUCUGUUUGUUAUCGUUGUCAGGUUUUUGAAUAAAAUGAUCAUUUAACAGUAGAUCGAAGAGGAGUUGGGAAAGAUGUUAAGUGUAUAUGUUAAACAACUAGAAUAUAACUUACUCAAUAUGGAAUAUUUUGAUUCAGACUAAGUAACCAUAAAUAUUGUGUUACGCAGAUUUGCAAUGAUUUUUCAUUCAGAUAAAACAUGAACGUUGUAUUCAUGAUGGAAAUAAUGAUCACUUUAAUUUCGGAUUUUUAAGACACGACUAUUUAUUUAUGUGAAUUUGGAAAUAAAUUCGAACAGGAAGAAAUCAAGGUAACAACUUUAUUGAAUCUCAGUUUUGUAAUGAAUGUGUUGAGUAUAUUUUAGAAUAUAUAGUUUUUAAAUUACUGAAAAAAAAACUGUUAUGAAAUAAAGAUUAGCAGUUACGUUUUGUUAGUAUCGUAUUAAGAUUUUAAAAAUAUCAGAUGCUGCAAAGAUACAAUUGUGUUUAGUACCACACCCCCGUUUCUAAAGAUUAAAAAAUACACUAGUUGUGGUUUCAGAAAGAGUGUGAUUUAGCAUAUAUUUGAAAACGGAGGUGUAGAUUUUGAUUUAUGGUACUAGAAAAUGAGAGUUUUUUUUUCUUUUAAAGAGUGAAUAACAUUUUAUAAGAAUACAGAGGUGUAGAUCUUGAGUUUUGGUGCUAGAAAAUGGUUGAAUAUAAAUUCAUAAACUCCACACUUAUAUUUUUAACUCUAUGAAAUACUUAAUUUCAGUGAAAAUCGGACACAGUAUUUAAUGAUCAUUUUAUUUUUAUUAAAACGUAAUAUUAUCAGAAGUAAAAUCGAUGAGCCGACAACCCUAAACUCAAAAACACGUAUGUGCAGCAGUUUAGAGAGUCAUAUGACUGCAGUGCAGAUAAACCAGGUGUAAUUCAGUAUGUGCACCUGUGUGCCGCAAAUAUAUUGGCAGCAAAAUUAUUUACUCGUGCAGAAGACAUAAACUAACACAGUAGCCAACAUCAGGAUGCACUCAUUACGUGACUUUUAAUUUUAAGGUUAUCACAGCUCAUUAUUUUAAUUGGAUUGUUAUAUAUUUAAAAAUGAAUUAUUCAUUAAAUGUUGUGUCAAAUUUUCACUGAAAUAUACCGAUAUUUGAUUAGAGAUACAAUUGUUGUGAGUUUGAAAAGUUGUUUAGAAUAUCACCCAAAUAUUGAUUGCUCUUUUUAGGUCUAACGAAAUUAUUUUCUUUUUGUUGUCAUUUUGCUUUGUAACAUUUUUGCUGGUUUAUAAGUCCAGACAAUUUUGUGUAUUUUUGUGACUUAAAAAAUACAUUGAAGUGGUUAAAUGAGUAAAUUUAUAUGAUGACAUAGUUAAGUUUGAUUUUGUUAGAUAUUGAUAUGUUUUCAACAACAACAUAGUAAUGUUUGAUAUACUUACGAAUGGCAGGUUAACUGUUUUAUUCAGAGUUCAUUUGUGAAAUGCCAGUCUUUGUGAAGUCCAAGUAUUAAUUGUUUUGGAAAUAUUAAAUUAUGUAGGUAUUGUCAAGAAAUUUCUUUGCUAGGACUUAAGACUAGCAGGCAUUUGUGAAUUAAAACCUAGUGGAGUGUGAACCGCGAAGCGAUAGAUGUUUCAUUGGGGUCGCCUUAGUUAAAUUAUGUGCAUUUGGAAAAAACCUAUAAUGUUGUUGACAUCUGGUACUUAAUCUCGUAAUCAAGUUGCAGACUUGACCUAGGUUUUAUAAAGCCGUACAAUAUAGCCAGUUUUCAUAUCGGUCAAUAUAAAAGCUUGGCAAUAGUGCUUUUUUUGUAACUUGGCCUAGUGACGUGAUGCUAUUGACCACAGAUGACCCAGUUUCAUACCUGCACUACAUUUCAUAAAGACAAACACUCUUACCAGAUUUGAUUUAGACCUAGUAGAAAAUAUUGCUGCAGUGUUAAAAAAAAUAUUUUCAUUGUCCUAGUGAUCUCUUUUAUGACGAAGUUUCAAACUCUAACGUCAUUUUGUUUAGACAAACAUUCUGACAUAGUCGCAUUAUGACUGGACCACAGUUGUGAUCUCUAGUGUUAGAUUUGAAAUCGUUCACCACGGACAGCGACGACGGAUAUAGGGUGAUCAGACUACUUUACCAUGAGCACUUUGUCACGGGUGCUUCUGAAUAAAAUUCAGUGAAGGUUGGUCAAAUACUUUCGGAGAUAUGUGUAACACAAAUAAUUUCUUUGACGGUCAGACGAAUAGAUGGACAGACCGACGGUCAAAAGAAAUUAAAAUCACUCCACAGAGAAGUUGGACAAUAAUAGCUGAACAUUGUUACCGUUAUAGGCGCACAAAAUAUGGAUAAUUAUGUUGAGAUGAGACCCUUGAAAUAUCGAUCGUCCUCGCAGUUAACAACACACUUCGGCUUAAUUUGCAAAUGUCUGCUAGGAUUUUCGUGUUGUUUAUCAUUUCCUGUACCAUUGCACUUACAAAUGAAUUUCAUAUAUUUAGAUAAAAUGAUUAUGCUGUAUUUGGACCAAAGUUCUGUUUCAUAGAUAAUUGUUUUUAGAACAAUGUUGUAUUUUGUCAUAGUUUAUUAGUAUACUUUAUAGUAAAUAUUGAUAAAGAAUUGGAAAACAGUA